CUCCCAAUCCCGCCCUUUUGUCCCUUCAUGUUUCCCACCCACAAAUCCGGCUUUUCCUCUCAAGUCAUCCACUCCUUCUGAGUGUCUCCAUAUCCAUCCCCCUCUUUGCCAUCACAGGCCUCGGUCUCCUUUGCCAUCCAUAAGCUUUGGCAGCUCAGGGCUCUUGCUUUGUUUCAUGGCUGCUUUUAGAAAAUUGUUCUUAACUCAACCUGUGACUUUUUUUUUUUUUUUUUUUUUGCCUGCAAUUCUCCAUCCCGCCUCGGAGGGAAGGGGAGUGGGAGAAGGGAGCAGCACACAGAAUGUUUCAGGGGAAAAGUGGGGUGUCACAAAGGGCCCACUGUGACCCGCCAGCUGCCCUCAGCAAUGGCUCCCAUGUCAACAGGGCUUUGUUGACGCGGAUCCCGCAGUGUCCAGCAGGUCAGCGACAGGACAGGACGGAAAGUACGCAGCUGGCGACAAACCCGCGAGCACGGCUCACGUCUUGCCCUACAGCGAUCAGCGAUCUGACUGCAUUUUUCCUCCUUCCCUAUACUCAUCCUUUAUUCUGCAGAAUGGAGAAGACGCCUCCAAGACAGCCCAAGGUGGCUUGGGAGGAGGUGGCGGCUCCUGAGGAGAGCAGCUCUGCAGAGGAGCCCGCCGUGGUGACCAUGGUGGAGCCACUGCAGCUCAAUGCCAGAUGGGUUCCUGAUUUUGCAAAAAGUAUCAUGGACUUCAUCCAGGCCUUUGCCAGCAGCCCCACGCAGUUCCAGGACAAGGAGCAGAAGCUGGAGUUCCUGCUCAGCAUCUGCACCCUGUGCAGAGAUGCCAAUCUCUAUGACUUCUCCGAUGACCUGAACGAUUUCUGCAGCAGAUACAAGCUGGUGGAGCUGGUCCAGAUGCUGCUGAAUUUGGAGCCCAAACAUGAGAUUUGCACCCGGGUGCGGCGGCUCGCCAUGCUCACCUUCGCCCAACUGAGCACCAUCGGGACAGUGCUGGAGACCAGAAAAGUUUUAAGACUCUGCUUCAACAGCGUCUUUUUCCUUCGUCCACUUGAGGAAAUGUCGAGCGUGGAAGCAACCCUCUGUAGUCAGGCCCUGCGCUCCAUGGACACCAUGCUGGAGGUGAUGCUGCUCAGCUCUCCUGCCUCCAAAAUCAGCGAGAUGAUGCAGGACAUGUUGGAGAUUCUCCUGCAGUACCUGUUCUCCGACCUUAUGGCAGCACAGGAGAGGGUCUUGGGCAGGAUUAGGGUGCUGAGCCAUUUGCUGGCCAAAUAUUCCACUGAGAAGGUAAGGACCGGCCACCGUCCAGCCAGGCCAUCCCUGUGCCCUGGUACAACCACAGCCCCAAAGUGCCUUCAGACCUCACCUCAGCCCUUCUCCUCUUCUACCUGCCUCUCCCAGACUGGUGAUGAGGACAAUGGUGCUGCCAGUGGACAGAUCCAGAUCCCAGUGCUGGGGAAGCUGCUGGGCCAUCUGUUUUUCAAGUUGUUCAGGCCAGAAAACAAAAUCGCAGUGGUGGUGGAUAUUCUCUGCUCCCUCAUGACAUUCCUCUCUGCGCAGAAAUGUGCCCCACUGCCAGAGGAUCAUGUCCAGCCCCCAGAACACUGGGAAUCUGAGAUCAUCUCCUGGGUGAAUGCUCCCAACACCUGGAAAGUUGAGGCCUUUGGGAGAUACCUCAGGCCUGCAGAGAGGACAGGAGUCGUCCUUGAGGCCAUCGAGAUCUUGGGACGCUCCGCUUUUCUGAACAAGAAACCACCAAUGGAGUUUCUGGAGGAGGCCAUGAAAUCCCCUGAGAUGUGGCUGAUGGAUGUGCCAAAGGUCGUGAGACACAUCUUUGCUUAUUCUGACGAGGGAAACGCAACGAUCGCUCACAGCUUUCACUCCCUCCUUGUCCUCAUGGCGAACAAGUGGCCCGGGCAGGUCAUCGCCGCAGCUCUGGAGGCCGCGCCGAAUUUCAGCGACAAAGUCAACCUGUGGAAGGCGCUGUUCUCUGCGCGCCAGACUCUGGAGAAGGUUCUGAAGGAGCUGCAAUUCCAAGUCCAGAACUGGCAUAAGAACAUCUUCACUCGGCAGCAGCAGAUGUGUCUCUCUUUCCUAUCUAUGCUGGCCUAUGGUGACAUCCUGGAGAGCAAAGUAAGGCCACUCUACAAAAACUUGAGCCUUCUUAGGUAUCCAAAGAUGGAAAUGGUCCCUCUGGUGCUCAGGGCUCUGGAGACGCUGUCGGAGAGCGCCGAGACGGCAAAAAAAAUGAAGGGCCUCCUGCCCGAGAUGCUGAAAUUCCUGGGGCAUUGGUCUUGGGACAUUUCAGUGAUGGCCCUGGACACCUUCCACAACUUGCUGGGACAGCUGAAGAAGAAAGAGGCCAGCAGCAUGGCUGUGAAUGUGGCGCAGAGGCUCUGGUUUCUCUUUGAUGCGAAGGAAGACUGUGUGCGGGAGCGCUCCAUCUCCCUCUUUGGAGAGCUCCUGGGCAAAACGGCGUGGAGGGACAAGAAGGCCAUGAGGAGAAACUCAUGGAAGGCCCUGGUCCAGCUUGUUCUUCACAUGAGUGACCAGGUCCCCAGCGUGGCCGAGGCCUCCAAGAAAGCCGUCCUGGCUGUAGCAGAGCUCCUCAACUGGAAAGAGCUCAAGCACCUGGCGCAGGCAGAGCAGAUGUGGAAGAUGGGCGAGUGCUUGCUGGCCAAGGACAGCAGCAGGGCUGACCAGUUCGUGCGGGACGGCAAGCCCUACCUGCUGAACCCUCAGGCCCCCAUACGAGAGGCGGCCCUCAGGUUCAUUGGGCUGGCUGCGCGGCACCUGACGGAGCAGAGCGAGGACACCCUGGCUGCAGUCCUCUUGGGACUUCGAACAAUGAAAGCAGGGGAGAGGGAUCCCUCCAUCCGCUCCCUGGCGGAUCAGACCAGCUUGAUCCUGAAGGCUCUGAAGGAUCGGCAAAAAUCGGGAUUCUCCCUGCGCACGCUGUGCCGCUGGUGCUGCUGAGCAGGGAGGGACGGGGACACAAACUCCAACACGCGCCGAAUCCCGAGGCGUGCGAAGGAUGCCCUGGCUUUGUGAGCUGCUCCUCAAAGUGCGGCCCGGCGCCGCCGUGACCGGCUGGUCAAAACGGGGACAGAGGUGCUGGCAGCAGAUCCAGAUCCCAGCCCUGGCGAAGCUGCUGGGACAUGGUUUCGGCCAGCGAGAAGGAUCCUUGGCACUCAGACCUGGUUGUCCAAAAUCCUUGGAGAGGAGUCGGUGUGGCUGGAUCCAAGCCCAGCCCCAGGCCUUUCCAAGCCACCUAUGAUUCUAUAAAUUAUAGUUAAUUAUGUUUUAUAUAUAAUUUAUGUAAGUAAACAAAACAAAUUAUAUAUAUUAUAAAUAUA